AUGCAAAUCUUCGUUCGGACAGACAGGACACACGUCCUCCACUUGGCAGCUGACGCCACCGGCAAAGAUGUGAAAGAGGCUCUGCAGCGUCGAUGCGGCAUCGAUGCGGAGUCUGCAUACCUCACGCAUGGCGGCCGGCUGCUUGUUGAGGGUCGUCGGCUGGAUUCGGAAGGGGUGAGCGACGACAGCACGCUGUACGCCCACCUCAGGUUGUUGGGAGGUGCCAAGAAGCGCAAGAAGAAGAACUACACCAAGCCCAAGAAGCUGAAGCACAAGCACAAGUCGGUGAAACUCCGCAUGCUGAAGGUUUACAAGGUUGACGACUCUGGGAAGGUUCAGAGACUCAGGAAGCAGUGCCCUCGUUGUGGACCUGGGAUUUUCAUGGCCACACAUUUUGAUAGGGUGUAUUGUGGCAAAUGCACACUCACAUACCUGUAUGAAAAUGCCACAGAUUAG